UACUAAAUCCUCUCAUUUUCUUUUCCAGAUCCCUGCAUCUAUAUCAUGCGUUAUGCCAACAAGUUGGAAUUCGCCGAAAAAACUCAUGAAGUAUCAAUGACAGCGCAGCGUUUGGUCCAACGGAUGAAAAAGGACUCCAUCCAUUCUGGUCGACGUCCUUCGGGACUUUGUGGUGCGGCCUUGUUGCUAGCUGCCCGUAUGCACGAAUUCAGCCGUACACCGAACGACAUUGUUCGGAUUGUGAAAAUCCAUGAGUCAACACUUCGCAAGCGGUUGGUCGAAUUUGGUGAAACUCCAAGUAGUGCACUGACGUUAGAUGAGUUCAUGUCUGUCGAUUUGGAAGCUGAACAGGAUCCACCGGCAUUCAAGGCAGCUAGAAAAAAAGAUAAGGAACGUUUGCAGAAAUUAGAAGAGUCCAGCACGGAAUUCAAUCAAUUACAAGCGGAAAUCGAUGCAGCGUUAGAGAAAGAUUUGCAUAAAAGUAGAGGUAGAAAGCGUAAAUUCAAAGGUGAAGAUAUCUCAGUGGAUGAGGUGGGUGAAACGGAUCAAUUUAUCCAAGAGUCUACCUUAGAGGUUAUCACGGAAUGUUUGGAAGAAAACCCUGAUGAAACCAACGUUGACUCCAAGAUUAAUGGUCGACGUAAGAUUGUUCCGGAGGGUAUAAAACCAGAUUUACUGGCAAUGUGCUCUAAUAAUACCGAUCGAAAAGAAAAAAUCGAAACCAGAGAAGACGAUGGAGAACUCUAUUUAGAUGACCUGGAUGAUGACGAAAUAAAUGGCUACAUAAUGACAGAAGAAGAAGCUCGUUAUAAAGAUAUGAUGUGGAAUCGACUACAUGCAGAGCAUCUGAAAGAGAUGAAAGAAAAGGAAGAACGUUUAGCAAAAGAGCGCGAAGAAGGAAAACCUGAGAAGAAAAAGCGGAAAAGCGCACGGAAGAAGAAUAUCGGACCAUCGAAUUCAGCUGGCGAGGCGAUCGAAAAAAUGUUACAAGAAAAGAAAAUUUCCACUAAAAUCAAUUACGACAUUUUGAAAACACUCACCGACAGUGCGAGUCCAGCAGAACCGGCACCGGAAGUCCCCAUGAAGCACAAAUCAAAUGAUAUCGAUAUUCUAUCACGCACCAGAAUCAAGCCGGAAAUAGCUCUGAGUCGCGCAUCACGACCAACUGUAAAUUUAGGUGGUUCUUCUCGCAGAAAACCCGCCGUUACGGCAACACUUCCUGUGGUUGAGAGCGAAGAUGUGAAACCUGUCAUCGUGGAAACGCCAGGCCUCAAGAUAGAGCAAGAACAUAUAAUUGAGGACUACGAUGAAGAGGCUGAAGACGAACCUGAACCAGAACCUGAAAAGGAGCACAAAUCUCUAGCUGACAUGCUGAAUACUGGAGAUGAUGAUGAUUACUAUGGCUACGAAGAAGAUUACUAAUAGGUAAUAUUUUCUUAUCUAAAUUUAUUAUAUAAUCUUGAACUUGAUACGUUAUUGUUUCGUAAAAUCGUAGAAAUUAAAAUUAUUCUAUCAUGCAUUGAUAUUAUACUUCAAAGGUUCAAACAUG